AUGAUGAGAUAUUCGAAACGACCAUGGGAAAGUCUUCUCCUUCUGUCUACAUUGGGACCCAAAUUAACGCAGGCCUCUAUUGACCUCGAUUUGGACGAUGACGACUCCAUCAAGGCCGCGGCCAGAACUGCCGCUGCUGGUAUGAUGGACUACUAUACUGGUGAUCAGCCAGGCGAUGUACCAGGAAAUAUCCCAGACCCCUAUUACUGGUGGGAAGCCGGGGCAAUGUUCGGCGCCAUGGUCGAAUACUGGUACUACACCGGAGACGAUCAUUGGAACAACAUAACCACCCAGGCAUUGCUUCACCAAGUAGGCGACGACAACAAUUACAUGCCGCAGAAUCAGACACUGUCACUUGGAAACGACGAUCAGAUUUUCUGGGGCUUUGCAGCAAUGGCAGCCGCUGAGCUGGGGUACCCCGAUCCACCGAAAGACCAACCGCAGUGGCUGUCGCUUGCGGAGAAUGUAUUCAACUCGCAGGCUACGCGAUGGGACACGGCAACUUGUGGUGGCGGCUUGCACUGGCAGAUAUUCGAGUAUAACGGUGGAUAUUCGUAUAAGAACACCAUUUCAAAUGGCGGUUUCUUUGAUGUCGCGGCCCGAUUGGCGAGGUAUACGGGCAACGAGACUUUUACAGACUGGGCGAAUAAAGUCUGGGACUGGACGAAUGCUACAGGGUUCAUCGACGACGAAUGGCAUGUUCACGAUGGAGCUGAUAGCAAGAACAAUUGCACGAUUGUCAAUAUCCUGCAACAUGCAUAUCUGCCUGCGGUGUAUCUCCACGGUGCAGCAAACAUGUAUAACAUAGUAAGUGUUCGGCGAGGGUUGGGGAAUAUCCAUGCCACCCUGGAGAUAGGCAUCACUGACUUACCACAGACCGAUGGAUCCGAUAUUUGGAGAGAGCGAAUAGAAGGCCUGAUCAGUGGACUUGACACAUUCUUCCCGGAUAACGAAGACAUCAUGUCACAGCCAUGUGAACAGAAGAAGUGUGAUCUCAACUCUCGAUCUUUCAAAGCCUACCUAGCACGAUUCAUGGGUGCAACCAUUCCUCUCGCUCCUUUUACACAGAAAAGACUACAGCCCAAAAUCCGAGGAUCCUCUAUGGCUGCCGCCGAGCAAUGCAAUGGCCCCAACAAUGCCUGUGGACUGAUCUGGACUGAUCGGACCCAAUAUAAAAGCAGUACAGGAAUUGGCGAACAGAUGGCGGCGCUCGAGAUCUUCAAGGCCAAUCUCGUCCACACCGUCAAAGCGCCUGUGACUGUAAAAACAGGCGGCACCAGUAAGGGGAAUUCCGGGUCUGGCGCUGAAGACAAUGGUAGUGCAAUCGACGAGGAUAUUCGGACUCGGGCAAUCACAACAGGAGACAAAGCUGGUGCGGCCAUCUUUGCUGCCUUGGCAGUUUUGAUGCCUAUUGGCGGUGCUUUGUUCAUAGUGCUAUCUUGA